GUUCUCUCUAAGGCUGGGUUCUGUCCUUGUGCUUCAGAGAGGCAGUUGGUUUGUGAGAGAGCAGUUGGACUCAGUUGUUUCUCACAGAUUUGGCCUUUUCCUCAACUUGUUGGAUCUGAACAUACCUUGUAUGUUCCUGGUGUAACACAUGCGAUUAGGUGGUUGACCUUGAAGCAAGCAUCAUGGCCGGCCACACAGAAGUGAACAUCCUUGAAAAAGAUUUCCGGAUCUUGCUAUCUCUGGGUUCUGGCUCAUAUGGAGAGGUGAAACUUGCCUGUCACCUUCCCACAGGCACAAGGGUGGCUGUCAAGGUCCUUGAUAAAAACAUCAACAGUGUGGCUGACAUCACUUUGGAGGUGGAACUCCUUCAAUCUUUAGAACACAGAAACAUUGUUCGAUUUUUUCACAUGAUCGACACACUGACAGCAAGUUACAUUAUCAUGGAAUAUGUGGCAGGAGAGGACCUUGAGAGCUGCCUCAGAUCACUGGGCUGUAUGAAAGAGGAGGAGGCCAGACCUAUUUUCCAGCAGGUGGUGUCGGCGGUUCACUUCCUCCACCAAAGACGCAUAGCACACCGCGAUAUUAAAUUAGAAAACAUUCUGGUCGAUGCGGCAGGAAAUGCAAAGCUUUGUGAUUUUGGUAUGGCAAUUAAGAUUACAGAAGGGCAGAUGCUGGAGGAGAUCUGUGGCUCCUUGCUCUAUUGGGCCCCAGAGAUCUUGGCAAGGAAACCCUAUGAUGGGCUGGCAGGUGACAUGUGGAGCUUGGGCAUCGUCCUCUAUGUUCUGGUCACUGGGCACUUUCCAUAUCUAGAAGCUACCACUGAGGAUAUGCACAGGCUCAUCACUACUACGAUGUGUCCCAUUCCUUACCACUUGUCAAAACCGUGUCACAUCAUCAUUGCACGUUUACUCAUGGUCCCCACCUGGUACAGGUUGACAAUAUAUCAGCUGGUGGAACGACCGUGGCUGGGCCCCAUUCAAGAACAUAGGCUGCUUGCCACAAAAGGAAUACUUCCCAGGAUCGUGAACACAAUGUGCACCAUUGGUUAUACCUGUGAAGAGAUUGUGUCAUCCCUAACACACAGGCAAGUCAAAGGUGAAGUAAUGGCAACCUUUAAUAUUUUAAAAUACCAGCUGAACUGUGGGGACAGCCAUCAACAAGUGGAGAAGCCCUGGGCAAACAGCAGCCCUGCAGGUGCCCUUAGCCUACUUCCAGCUUUGAAGAGGAGAGCGAGUGAACCUGUUCCUUCAACCCGUAUAGAAGCUGGCAAGAGUCACUUUCAGGAGGAUGGUGUGGAAGAAAGAGGCGAGAGUUGCAGAAGGUACCCCAUGCUCACCAAAUACUCCUCCGUGGACCUAAUGCCCUGUUCAGAUGACCCAGUACCAGAAGGAUAUUCUCUGGCAGUUAACAUCACUAAUACUGCUACAGAGGACAUUGCAGUCAACAGAAAUUCUAUGGACAGCCUACGUGGCGAACACUUCUCUCCAUUAUCAGCCCAGGAUGGAACAGCCACAGGGUUUGUGAACAUGGGCUUUUUUGAAGAAGAACCAUCCCCAGAGCUCGACAUUUCCAGGGACCAGCCCCAAGUUGGACCCAUAGCUUCUGCUUCUAGGCCACUUAGGGGCUGGAAGCUGAUGAAGAAGCGAAUUUUCCGUUUCCUGGAAGCCUGCUGCUGCUGCUGCUGUCUGCCCUCCCCAUGUGGGGAAACUGAAAUGAAUUAAUAGAAUUCCGGCCCUAUUGAGGAGUGAUGCCACAGCAGAAAGUCAGGACAGAACCCCAGGCUGCUGUGUUCCUCCAACCCAGGGCUACACGCUUCUGUGUCCCUCUCCAGCUCUUGGGUCUGAACUUUCAGUGUGCAGCUCCUUCAGUUUCCUCCAGCCCCAGCACUGCUUCGUGGACAGAAAGGUGCGCAUAAGGAACAUCUAGCGGGGGAGGCUCCACCUCCCCAGCUCUGGACAUGCUAUAGGACCAGUGCCUACAGCAUCUAAAACAGAGGCCUCUACAGGCAGGAAUGACCUGUCUCAUGACAAGGCCUCUGUCAUGGACAUUGAAGACAGGACUUACUCAGUCCUGAGGAGGACGAGUGUCAUCACCUUGGUCACUUUAUACCCUCCAUCUUAUUUUGUGACUGUCCUUUGGAAAGGCCUGCAAGAACCAUGUAAGUCCCCUGGAAGGAGGAAAACAGGUGAAAGGAGGUAAGCGGAACAAUUGGCAAAUGGGAUGGAAUGGGAAACAGAAAUGAGAGGGUGUAGUGUGAGGAAUAGAUUCUGUCCUUAGGAACUUCCUGUCCAAAAAGUGCCAUGAAAGAGAUGCUUGUUUUGGACUAGGCAGGAGCUUGGGGCAAUCAAGAGUAGGAAUAGAGUUCCUGAGAGGUACAGCAUGUAACUAGAUCAGCCUGGCCAACGAUGAGGAGAAGAGGGCCUGCUUGGAUGGCUCCUUGCAUGAGUCAAGGCAGACAAGUAGGAAGCUGCCUUGAAGCAUCAUCCUGUUCUAUGCUCCUGAGCUGUCAAGUGGCAGGAAAAAGGUAUAGCCCUGUAAAGUCAGUUGGUUCCUAUCCUGCUCAGGACUCCGGAAGUCCUGUCUUCAAUGUCAAUAACAGGCCCUUCAGGAUUCUUUGUUUCUUUUGAGGGGAAAGUGAAAUGGCAUAGUUGAGCUAUGCCUUUGGUGUUGUAUGUGCAACAAGAGGGACGCAAGUCAGAUAUUGGAGGUGCUGUGUAAAAAUAUACCAGGGCUACAGGUCAUAGCACCCAUCCUCCAAAUAUACAGUUUCAGCUACGGUGUUUAAACCCUUCACCUCCCUGGAGCGCCUGCCCUGCUUGCUAGAUUUCCCUAAGUAGUCACAUGCAGCUGUGACCUGAUAAAAGUCUAUGUCCCUAGUUUUGUCAUGUUUGUGGAAAAAGGCUUUGAGAGCAUCUAGAACAGUGGCCUCUGCAAACAGAGCAGACAUCCAUGUAGUUCUCAGGCUCCACUCCACUCUGUUCACUUCAUCAUACCCAAGCUCCCUUCUGAAGGUUCUGUGGAAGAAGGCCAUUAACCCCGAGUGAACUGUUGGAGCUGCGGAUACACAAAGGGAGAUAAGAGGGAGGAUUAGGGAAAAGAAGAAAUGAGUGGACAUGGAGAGGGACAAAGCAAGAGUGUGCUGGGACACUUCCUGUCAGUGAUGAAGCAGAAAUGGAGGAAUGUGUGGUCUCGGGCAGGAGUUUGAUGAAGAAAGACUAGGAACCAUUGUCCACCGCAGACAAUGUGAGUUGUGAGGACACUGCACACCAUGUGAAGUGGUCCUGCUCUGAUGGUUACUGACAUGUGUCAAGGUACAGAAGUAGGAGUUUGCCCCAAUAAAUACCCUCCUGUUUGGGGUGACUGAUGGAGGGUGUGGCACUGGGGAGUCUGCUGCUCUUGUCUUAUGCAGACUACGUCUCAUCUGGUACCUGUGUCUUUUUCUUCACAGCCUCUUUCAUCCAGGCCUUCCACGUUUCCUCCCAUGUCAUGUUUGAAGAAUCUUUUAUCAUUCUCCCGUCUCAUGGACUGAUUCAUAACUAUCAUUUGAGCUAUGUUUGUUUUGCUCAACAAUGGCAAGUUAAAUAGGUAUUACCGAGCCUGAUGCCAGAUAUUGCCUCUAAGAGGCCAGCAGCCAUGGUACUGGAUUGUAUCUACUGCCAAUCAAGAAUCCAGGCUUAGACAAGAACAAUGGUGAUCAUGGAAUUGUAGAUGUCAGCCCCUGGUGGGGUAUGGAGAAUGGAAUGAAUGUUUCUGUGAGGUGUUUUUCAGGACACAUUUCAGGGAAGGAGAAACUCUCAGGGUUGACCUGGCAACCGAGCUUCACAGACAAUCCAGAGGCCUAAGGUGAGUGAAUCAUGCAGCUGAAAGUAAGAUGGAGUCCAGUAAGUAUCUGUGUGCUGUAGACCAUGAGUGUCCGAAGCCUGGUCUUCAUAUAGUGAAGGAAGGAACACAGAAGGUGGUUUAUGCCAGCAUCGCCUUCUCCUAGGGAAAUUGUUGACUGUUUACUGACAACCAAUGGGAACAUGAGGGACGACAGAGCUGUGGUAAGGCAGGAACUGCCUGCUCCUUUAUACUUGGCAUCCAGCUUCCAUUCUGCCCAGCUGUCCCUGGGCACAUUGACAGCAUUGGUCAAAUCUUCUUCCCAACAGGAUGAUGGGAAGUUUGGCUGUCAAUACUUCCUAGAAUCUGUAUCAUCUGGUGAGUCCUGUGUCAACAGAACAGAAAGCUGAGUUCAUAGUGGUUGAGAAUUUUGACUUUCAUGGGAUCAACCAGGGUCAGCUUGUGUUUCUAUUGCACAUCAUGGAAGCUAGAGCUGUUGAAUGGAUGGGCUUCUUUUUAAUUCUUUAAAGGGGACAGUGAAAUUUCUUGUCCUAACAUUUAGUUUUUAUUUUUUGAGACAAGAACUUAGUACAUAGCAUUUUUUUUGUUCUGUAAAUCAUAAUGUAGAAUUGGUGGUUCCAAAACUCAGUGAGAUCUUCCAUGGCACUGCAUCUUGUAUGCUAGGAUUGUACAUGGGUACAGCAGCAAUAAUAAAUUCUUGUAAUCUUUCCAUGUAGAACCAUUCCAGUCCUGAGCUUUCAUCAUUUGUGCAUGGCCAGGAAUUGAGCUGGAGGCACUGACAUCCAGGGUCGACUAGGAACAGUGAGCAAACCAACCUCAAAUGUAACCUUCAGAAUAGAAGUCUAUGUUCCCAUGGGAGUGGACACCUGAUGGUGGGAAUUCAGUCUAGAAUACUUCUGUGGAGAGAAGCCAGUGGGAUAGGCGUUGUGUGUCAUGCUUGACACCAUUUGGAUAUAGGCCUCAGAGUGUGACUCUCUUACCUUGCCUGCUUUCACAGGAUCCCUUAGCUGCCUUCUGGGCAUAAGUCACAUGACCUCAAAGUGACAACUUCAGGAUACCGUAGACUACCUAGCCAGUCUUGUCGACAGAAUUCUUUCCAUCUGAGCCAAGUGGUCAUAGAUGAAGACAUAAGAUAUUCAAGGAAUCACUCCUGAGCAGAUGAAGUAUGUGUCUCCGCAGAGCCUGAGCAAGUGAAUGUGCCUCCAUGUCUGUUGUCUAGACUGGAUCUCCUGAGAAGGCCAGUGGCCAUGGACCCAAGGACCACUUACAGGAAGAUGGGAGAAGCUGGAGGAAGCUGAGGAGGAGGACCACCAUGUAGGAGGAUCAGCAGUCUCCAUUAACCUAUACACCCAUCUCUCAGACAGUGGAUCAUCAUCCAGGCAGCCUCCAACAGCCGAGAUGAGGACGCCAACACAUAUACAGCGGACGCCCCCCAGAAAUGGAAGCGAGUUCCCAUACAGCUCUCUCGCGGACUCUGUUUGUAAUUAAAUGGAAAAGGAAAUCUGUGCUCUCCUCAUUCAUCCUUUCCACGGCCCAAGCUUCAAAACAAGUCUGUGUGCAGCCCUGACUGUCACUUAGAAGUGUGGUCUUGCAGCAGCUAUGAUGGGGUUUUCCUGUGACCCUCAGUGUGACCAGGUGCCAUCAGAAUAGUAAUGUGAUAUGACACUUCCCAGGCAGUGCUGGGUUCAUGGUGUUUUCCGUCUUGUAAAUUGGAAGUUUCUGUUAUUCUAAUAAAGUUGGUGUGUAUUUAAAACAAACGUUCUGGUAAUUGUCUAUCUAGAUAUGUGUUCCCAGACUCAAUAUGUUUCCUUUAUCCAUCCUUUUACCCAAAAAUAUGGCUCAGAAACAAAGAGCUUUAAGGAGUUGAACAUCUGAAACUAGGCUUGAAUUUACAGUUGGUAGAAGGCUACAAACCCAUUGUUUUUGAUUAAUGAUGUGGAGGGGCCAGCCUACUGUUGGUGAUUCCACCUCUUUAAGUUGGUCCUGAGUUGUGUGUGUGUGUGUGUGUGUGUGUGUGUGUGUGUGUGUGUGUGUGUAUGCGUGGAAGGCGUAAAGAACAAGACUGUAGACUGGUUUCCUCAUUGUUUUCUGGCUCUCUUGCUGUAUAAAUUCCUCUCCCAACCUCCAUAAAUGAUGGACUUUGAUCAAAACAAGUAAGCCAAAUAAAAUCGUUUACCCCACAUUAAUUGGUGUCUAUAAGAAAUACAAAUUAUACUAGGACUAUCCUAAGAGAAAUCUCAGUGUUUGAAUCCUACUGCCUUACCUCCUGAGUGCUAGGAUACAGGUAUUUAGCAUAACACUGAAUAGAUAAAUAGAAAUCUUGAGAUAAUGUAAUGAUGGAAAAUAAUUGCAAGUCAAUUUCUUGGCAAACAAAGACAGCGUGAGGGUUUUCUCUCUCUCUCUCUCUCUCUCUCUCUCUCUCUGUCUCUGUCUCUGUCUCUCUCUCUCUCUUUUAUGUCAUGAUUAAAGUUUCCCCUCUUGGUCCUCGUUUCACUCCUCCUCUGUUUUUCUUCAAAAAAAGGGCGAGCCUCCUGUGGGUAUCAGUCUGCCAAGGCAGGUUCCUGGCUUUCCAGGCAAUGUCAGGGAUGGACUCCUUCUCAUGGCAUGGGUCUCAUUUGUUGGCCAGUUCCACAUUUUUGUAAACCACCAUUACCCCAGCACAUUUAUUAGGCAAGAUAAAUUGUAGGUUGGAGAUGUAGUGGCAGGGUUGGUGUCCCAGUAUCUCCACUGGAAGUCUUCCUUGGCUACAGGAGAUGGUCACUUCAGUCUUGAUAUUCCCUUAUUGCUAAUAGUCUUGCUAGAGUCACCAUCAUUGAUUCCUCAAAGUUUCCAUUGCCCUAGCUUUCUAGUUUGUCCUGGAGAUGUGUCUCUCUUCCAUUCCUGUUGUUCCUCUCAGUACUCUCUCCCUUUGUGUGACCUAAACCUGAUCCCUCCUGGUCCCAUCCUUAACCCCCAAUCCUAUCCAGGCCCCUCUCCAUUCACCUGUGACAUCUCCAACAGUGACAUCAUCUGUUUGGUUUCUCUUUCACAGUGAGAUAUGCUUGUCCUCCACUGAGUCCUCUGUGCUGAUUAGCAUUUAAGGUCUGUGGGUCAUAGCAUGGUUAUCCUUUAUGUACAGAAAAUAUCCAUUUACAGGUGAAUACAUACAAUUUUUGGCUCUCUGUAUCUGGGGUACUGCACUUACAUCCUUUUACUCACAUCCUUUUGUUGAUAGACUUCAUGAUGUUAUCAUUUUUACCAGCUGAGUAAUACUCCAUUUUAUAAAUGCACCACAUUUUCUUUAUCCAUUCUUUAGUUGAGGAAAUCUAAGUUGUUUCCAGUUCCUGGCUUAUGAAUAAAAAUGCAAUGAAUAUACUUGAACAAGUGUCCUUGAGGUUUGGUGUCCUUUGGAUAUAUGCCCAGGAUUACUACACUUGGUUCUUGACGUAGACCGAUUGCAUGUUUUCUGAGAAUCUGCCGUAUUUAUUCCCAAAGUGACUAUAUAACUUUUCAAUCUAUUUAGCAGUAAUGGAGUGUUUCCCUUGGUCCACAUCCUCGGUAGCAUGAGCUGUUGAAAGAUCCCCGAAGAGAGACCCUCUCUAAAGUCGCGGGAAAUCACGGACCCCAGACACAGAAAGACCAUUUUGGAUGUAAUAAGCAAAGACGAGGUUUAUUACGGAGAUCUAUUACGGGGAUCUCCAGGUCGACACGUAUCCUGUGCAGGAGACAGAGGUGUCGACCCAGAAACUCAAAAGUCAGGGGUUUAUAUAGGGAAGGCUAGGGGUUUUAGCGUGGUUACACACAAUUGGCUAAUUUCUGGUGCGGCUAUAAGUAAUUGGCUCAUUUAAACAUGGCAGUGAGAUUACAGCACAGCAGGAGAGUACGUAUUGACUGGAGCGUACAGAAUUUUAGAAGCUAGGGGCGUAUCAGGGUUUGAAGGACAUCUGGUUAAGGUGUGACUCUGAGUAAGCUGGGGGAGGUGCCUUUCUGCCAGAUGGUUUGGGUCAGUCCUGAUAACUUGGGCUGGUUCCUGCAUUCCUUUUCUUUAUCUUUAUCAUCUGUUAGUCCUAGUGGCAGGGCGGGGCUGCCAGAACUUGCUUUUCACAAUGUUUAGGCCUGAGUCUGUGAAUUUUGAAACUUACUCUUUUAAUUUCAUAUUUUUAAACCUUAAAUCUGUAUAAUUUUCCUUUCACUGUCAUUUGUGUCUUUGAUCCUACCAAUUCUGACAAAUAUUGUAUAAAAUCUCUGAGUUGUUUUGAUUUGCAUUUACCUGAUAUCUUCAGGUGUUGAACAUUUCUUUAAGUGCUUUGCAGCCAUGCCAUUAGAGAUUCCUUCGCUGAGAAUUGUCUAUUUAGAUCCGCACCUUAUUUUUACCUACAUUAUUUGGUUUUGUGAUGUUCCAUUUCUUGAUUUACUUAUAUAUUUUGGACAGCAGCCCUCUAUUAGAUAUGGGAUUUAGGGCAAUAUUUUCCCAUUCUGUAGCCUGAUAUUUUACCCUUUUGAUCAUGUCCUUUGUCUUAUUGAAGUUUUUCAGUUUCAUGAAGUCCCACUUAUUGUUGAUCUUCGUGCCUUAACCAUGGAUGUUCUGUUCAGGAAGUUGUCUCCUGUAUCAUUUUGUUCAGGGCUUUCCCCCACUUUGUGUUCUAUUAAAUUUUGUGUAUGUGGUUUUAUAUUGGAGUGAAAACUUGUACAACCACUCUGGAAAUCAAUUUGUCAGUAUUUUAGCAACACAUAUGUAUAGAAUGUCUUAUGUAUUAUAUGUAUGUAUCACUUACCAAAUAGCCUGUGACCUAUGACUUAGUCAGGAAAUGGAAGGACAUCCAUCAUGGAGGAGAAAAUAUUCAGGGAUAAAGCUAGGCCUGUUAGAUUUGCCAGAAAGAUGUGAGGAGAUGGAUGCAUGGUGCCUGAGUCCACGUAACCAGUCAUGUGGCAGAAUGUAGUAUAAAAUAUAUAGGAUAUUUUAGUUAUGAUCUAUUCAGAGUUGAGACUAGCUGUAUGGACAAAGUAUUUAAGUCUGAGUUUUAUUUCUGAGAACAUGGGGCUAGGAAGUAGAACCAGACAUAACUUCUACAUGUUUUUAGAGGAGGAAAUAGAAACCAAAUUAAAAAGAGUAACCAAAUGAGUUUUUAAAGCAGAAUUUGCCUAAUAAUCAAGAGAUAAGACAUAGACAAAUCAAAACUCAGACAAAACCUAAUAAUAUAAAUUAGAAAACAUGGAAUACCAUAGUUAAACCCUGGACACAAAACCAACAAUCCGAGGAACAAACUCAGUAGACUGGAGAUUCCAAGCCAUAAGGAUGAAUUUUAAGUCCAACUGCUCUGUAGGCAUCAGGAGCUACUCCAGGAUACAAGGAGAGGAGGAAUAUGCAGGCAGUGCCUAGUAUUGACUUGUUGCUAGCAUUCUUCAUUAUUCUUUCUUGUUAUGACAUCUCAAGCAACCAACCAAUGAUGGCUUGUCAGAGCUGACAGUGUUUUUCCUCAGGUUCUGUGCUACACCCGGUGCCCUGGUUAUUUUUCUCAUGGCUGUACCAAAUCCCUGGCCAGAAUCACCUCUAAGAAGGAAGGUUUUGGUUGUGCAUUGGCUUUGAAGAGACAAGGAAGCCAUACUGCUGUCAGCAUCUUGUACUAUACAUGAUGUAGUUAUCUGGUCAAAGUAACACUGCAUUAGAUAUUCUCUAUCACCUAAUGACGCAGUUCCUUUAGCUAAGGAACUCCAUCUCCCUCUGUUCCACAAAAACACACACUAGAAAUCAAAUGUUUAAACAUCUGAGAUGAUUGAAAACAACCAGUGUGGUUUUGAAUGUGUAAUUUCUCCCACUAUCUAGUGCAUUUGGACACAUGUACACCAGUUGUUAAACAGUUUAUGGAACAUUAUAUUGUGUAGCCAUGGCAACAGAAGCUCAUCACUUGGAGUCUCCUUGAGGGAGCCAAGCCUAGUCUUUAUUUGUGAUGCUCCCAGAUGGCUGCUCCAGCUAACUGCCAUGCUUCUACCUCAUGUUCAUGAACUUUUAUCACACACACAAAACAGAAUAGUCAUCAAUAUAUCCACCCUUAGACAAGAGAGCUACUGCUCAUCUCCACUCUAUCUAUAUUGCCUAGAAUUCAAGGCAGAUUCAUUGCUGUCACACAGUUACACAACCCUUCCAGAGACACAAGCAGCCCUACAAAGUAGCCUCAAUUCUAGCCUCAUCCUCUGUCAUGUAGCAUAGGUCUCAUGUGAACCUAGUAGCACAGGAAUUCUUAUUCCAUCAGAAACAUUCAGUCUACGGAGACCUAUUUUAUUUGAUGAGAGCAAAAAUAAUCAGAAAUUGUCUCCUUCAGACUGCCGCAGAGUGAGCCUCAUUACUGAAGACUCUUUGCCUGAAAGGAGAUCUUUCCUAGCAUCACUGUCCCUGUGUAUCUAUCUUCUUUAUCCUGCUCACCCAGAAUAGAAACAAAUUCACACAACACUGAGAGAGAAAAGAAUCAGUGGAACACUUACAAUCUGAAUAAUAAAACCAGGCAACAGAUUCUAAAAGAACUAAUGCAUCAAAAUAGUCUUGUAUUAUAGCCAGGGAAAUUAACAGGGAAAUUAAAGAGCUAAUAGCAGUGAUCCACAAAUAUUCCAGUAGUCCAUAAACCUAAGGAAAGAAGCGCUUUAACACUCUUUUAUUUAUUUUCUUUUUUCUUUUUUAAAAAUCUUUAUUAACUUGAGUAUUUCUUAUUUACAUUUCAAUUGUUAUUCCCUUUCCCGGUUUCCAGGCCAACAUCCCCCUAACCCCUCCCCCUCUAUAUGGACUUCUCCUCCCCAUCCUCCCCCCAUUACCACCCUCCCCCCACAAUCACGUUCACUGGGGGUUCAGUCUUGGCAAGACCAAGAACUUCUCCUUCCACUGGUGCUCUUACUAGGCUAUUCAUUGCUACCUAUGAGGUUGGAGCCCAGGGCCAGUGCAUGUAUAGUCUUUGGGUAGUGACUUAGUCUCUGGAAGCUCUGGUUUGUUGGCAUUGUUUUUCACACUCUUAAUCAAACAAGUGUUACCCUUACUGUCUAACCAAGUAAACACACUACACACUGAAAACCUCCAAGUAUCUGACAACGCAUUUGAUUACCAAGAUGAUAAAAUCCUUAAUGAGGGUAAUAGAUGCUUUACCCCAUAGCCAAUGAUAUGGUAAAGAAGAGCAUUCUUUAUGGUCCAGGGGUCUUCACUGGGAACACAAGGAUCAUUCCAUGGGCCAAAUUGGCAAAAAGCAUAGCAUACACACAGCAUUGAGGGAUGCCAAGGAAUUAAAUGUCAUGGCCAAGGACAAACAUGGCAGUAUAGAAAGUUUUACUGCAGCCAGGCCUUUCCACAAACACAAUUAUCACUUUGGCUUACCUGUGUCCAUAUUUACGCUUAGGGACAAAUGGUCAUAUGAAAUGGGUUGGGGGGCUGGGGAUUUAGCUCAGUGGUAGAGCGCUUACCUAGGAAGCGCAAGGCCCUGGGUUCGGUCCCCAGCUCCGGAAAAAAAAAAAAAAAGAACCAAAAAAAAAAAAAAAAAAAAAAGAAAUGGGUUGGGAAACACAACAGAUCAGGUGAAUAUGACUACAGUGCUGGGAUUGGGAAGGCUGGAUCUUGAAAUCAUGAUCAAAUUCCUGUCUGGACAUACAUACCUUACCAGUUUAAAGUAAGUAAUUACAAAGCCAACUCUCACAAAGCUGUGAGACUGAUAACUGGAAAGUCUUAGUCAAUGAAGGGAUAGAACGUACAGCCAUAUUUCAAAACUAAAACCAAUAUUGUCAAGAAAUCCAGUCAAUAGAUAUCAAACACCAAAAGCUAAAUUGAAAACCUGGGAAACUAACUUUAUGUCAAGGUCCAACAGUUUGUGAAAGUUCAAUUCUAUGAAAAUCACUUGAGUGAAAAGCUUAUCAUUCAUAGAAACAAGGGCUACUGAUUUUUUUGAGUUAAUUUUUUCAGCAAUAUUUCUGAAAUGUUUUACAGCGUGUUUAUCACCUGUAAAAGUUCUCUGGUAGAAUUUUCGGGGUUGCAUAUACACACUAUCAUAUCAUCUGCAAAUUGUGAUACUUUGAUUUUUUUCCAUCCCAAUUUGUACAUACAUACAAACAUGCACACUCAUACACAUAAAUGUGUGUAUGUAUAUAUAUAUUCUUAAAUGUAUAAGUACCCCUGUAAAUAAACCACACACGUUAAAUUAUAU